AAAGUAUCACUCAAUAGCAACACUUGUCGUAUGUGUGAAGACACCAAACACAACAAUGGUCACAGUUUGUUUCAAACAAAAAAGCACUUUGAUCAAGUGCUUAAUUUUCCUAGUGUCCGUCCUUAUCAUGAUUUUAGUCGGAUUGGCUAUAGUUUUGGUGAAGCGCAACGAAGAUCACCACGUGUGCAAGUCGGAUCACUGCAUCAAACUUUCGGCCGAACUUUUACGCUCCUUGGACCAGUCCAGACACCCCUGUGAUGACUUCUACGCUUUCACAUGCGGAGGACUUUCGCGAAAUCGUAAGGAAAUUCCUCCGGCUUCAACGAAAGAAGUGCUGAAUUUUAUGGUGGGAGAAAUGGUCCAAAGCACCGACUCGAAGCCUUUCAUUAUGGAAAAAUCGUUUUAUUUAGCUUGUAGUAACUUGGCUGGGAUUGAGUUGGACGACGACGAGUGGUUGCUGGACCAAUUUUUUAGUCUGGGAGAUUGGCCGGUUCUGCGUGGGUCUAACUGGGACGGUUCGUACUUCGAGUGGACGGAAAUCGUCAAAAAGAGUCGCAGAUUAGGCAUGAAAAUCGACUGGUUUGUAGAUUUUAGUAUCUAUGAGGACGUUAACGACACGAGAGUCAAUGUCUUGAAGAUUGAUAUACCAGCUCUGACGCAGCUCAAAGAAUCGGAAGUUUUCCCCAGACAGAAACUGCUCACCAAAAUUGCGGUCACUUUGGGCGCCCCGGAAAAACUCGCUCAUUAUGAAACGGGGAGAACCAUCGAGUUUGAAAAGGAAUUGAGAAUGCUUGCACAUGUAUACAGAAGCAGGAAAACACAUAUGAACGCAAAUACUCUCCCGAAAAUCCCAAUCAGUGAAGUCCAGAAGCUUUGCCCCCACAUUUCCUGGCUGGACUUGAUCAAUGCUGUGACCGGAGUCAACAUGCAGGAAACCGACGUUGUGAUUUUUGACGAAAUGGUCGACUACAUCAAAGACUUGAACAAAUUGAUUUACGGGACUCCAAAGAGGAUUGUUGCGGACUACAUGAUGUGGAAAGUGGUCGAAGAAAACUGGCAGUUUCUCACGCAACCGGUCCGCCAGAAGUUCGAAGAAUACUACGAAGAACAGCACCAGAUCCAACCGGAACUUGACCGUCAAAAGUUUUGCAUAAAUGCUAGUAGAAAACAGUUUCCAUUGAUUGUCGAGUCCGAGUAUAUUCGUCGUCAUGUGACCCUCCAAAAAAGACAAUUAGUCAAGGAAAUGUUAAUUAAUAUUCAGCGCAACUACCGGCGAUUAUUACAUUCCGCCACUUGGAUGAACCGAAAACGGAGAGAAUUGGCGUUGGGGAAAUUAGACGAGCUGAAGUUUCUAAUCGGAGGACCGCGGGAGGUUUUCGACGAAUUUGGGUUCGCUGAGGAUCUAGGUCUCUAUGAGUUUGUUUUCAAAUCAACCAACAUCAUUGAUAUGCUCAACCAGAGAAAACUCCGAUUCUACGACCACUAUUUCAGUUCGGUUAACAAGGCCGUUACGAACCGGACGCAGAAAUUCUACGAGAAAGUUAUCAAUAUAAAUAGAUUUACGGUAAUAAAUGACGACACACUAGUAAUACCAGCCGCGUUAUUAAAGGACAACUUUUACGACCCGAACCUUCCGAAUAAUUUCAAUUACGCCACAUUGGGGAAGUCGCUAGCCCACAAAAUAUUCGAGCAUAUUUUCGAGCGCAAUAAUGUGACCAUUAUUGACGAGGAGACGCAGAAUUAUAACACGUGGUGGAUUUCGGACGGGUUUGAUCAAGCCGUCAAAUGCCUGAUUCACGAAGCCUCGGAUUUCCACAAUCCGGAAUUAAAGAGGCAGAAAAAAAUGCGUGAAUUAUUGGCACAUUUUGUCUCAACUGAGGUCGCGUACGAGUCGUUCAAGGAACUACUGACGUAUCGACAAGAUUCUCCACAAUCCAAGCUGCAAUCUUUGCAAUACACUCCCGAACAAUUAUUCUGGAUACACACGAGUAAAUUACACUGUAACAAAAUUUACUCCAAAUACGACCGAGACUACUCACGUUUUAAAAUUAUCGCUCCGUUGAGGAAUUCUCGUAAUUUUGCUCGAGACUACAACUGCCAGAUGGGCUCUAAAAUGUAUUCGAAGAAAACGUGUCGGAUUCUGUAAUACUUGUGAUAAUAAAAUUGUGUUAUUUUUUCGA